UGGGUGACGUCAUCACCCGUUUCAGUGAGGUGAAGAAUGAGGAAGACCCUGUUCCCCCGGUGAGAGAGGGAGAGAGAGAGGAUAAGAAGUCACACAUACGGUCCUUCUUUCGGGGAAGUGGAGCGAUGAUCUGCGGGUGCGCUCGGUUCGUGGAGCGGCGCCAGUCCGCGCUGUAUUUUGCGCUGCUGGUUGUCGGUUACAUCCUCUACCUGCUGGUCGGCGCCGGGAUCUUCUCCGCCAUCGAGCGGCCCUACGAGCAGGAGCUCCGUGGCGAGCUGAAGGCGGCCCGACGGGACUUCCUGAGCAACAACAGCUGCGUGUCCGACGCGCGCCUGGAGGAGCUGCUGGCCCGAGCGCUCGAGGCCAGUAACUACGGGGUGACGGUGCUGGGGAACAGAAGCGGGCGGAACUGGGACUUCGUGUCCUCCCUGUUCUUCACCAGCACCGUGCUGACCACAACAGGUUACGGCCACUCGGUUCCUCUCUCCGACGAAGGGAAGGGCUUCUGCAUGUUCUACGCCCUCUUUGGCAUCCCGGGUACCCUUUUCCUCCUCACCGCUCUGGUGCAGAGGAUUAUGGCCCUGGUGACUCUGCGUCCGUUGUCCUAUUUCCACCAUCGAUGGGCCUUGGCUAAAUCGAAGUUAGCCGCCAUCCACGCCGCCUGCCUUACCCUCAUCAUGACCCUGCUGCUCCUCAUCAUCCCUGCGUGGAUCUUAGUCGGCCUGGAGAAAGAGUGGGAUUUUCUGGAGUCUCUGUAUUUCUGUUUCAUCUCUCUGACGACCAUCGGCCUCGGGGAUUAUGUCCCCGGAGAGACCCAGAGUGGAGAGGAUAACCCACACCCACAGCUCUACAGGCUGGCCAUUACAGUUUACUUGCUGCUGGGCUUGGUGUUUGUGCUGGUGCUGCUGGAGACGUGUUACGAGCUUCCCCAGAUGAGACGCCUCACACAGAGGUUCUACCUAGAAGAAGUCCGGGAGCUGGACUCCGAGACCACCGACAUCAUGGACCAGGACCACCUGAGCGAUGAGCACAGCGACCCCUCGAGUCACGUGACCGAUCACCUGCCGGUCAUCCCUUCUGUGUCGGAACAGGCCGCUUCCUUACGGCUGCACAGCGGGGCGACGCCUCGCCGCGAACAGGAUCUUCUGUCGAGAGCAAACUGAGUUGACGGAUUGCCCUGCAAUCGAGAUCCGGACUGCUGCGGACACACCGGCUUUGACCUCUAAAUGUGUAUGUGUGAGUUUUAUAAGGAGCCUGAGCACACGUGUGUGUGUGUGUGUGUGCGUGCGUGUGUGCGUGCAUGUACGUGUAAGCUGGGUCACUUAAUCACUUAAAAAGGGCUUUCUGCCGUUGCCAACACCAACAGACAUUGUGUGGCGUAACGGAGGAACCGCCCACAGAUUAACGGGACGGCAUUGUGUUCUCGGUCUCCCGGGCAGCUCCCGUUCCCAUGAGCUCUAUCCGUGACACAGAGGAAGGGCUGGGCCCCCAAACGGAGGGAAACCUCACACGGUUCCACUUCCUGCCAAAGCCUUGAUGCCGUAAUUACAAAGUGGCACCGUUUUCUCUAGAGAAUUUUUUAUAUAUAUAUAUAUAUAUAUAUAUAUAUAUAUAUAUAUAUAUAUAUAUAUAUAUAUAUAUAUAUAAUCUAUGAUUGGUAUUUGCAUCGGACAUUUGGAAAGUAGUAUGUCAGCACAAGGGAAUCGGGUUUACGAUCAGUUAUAUACAUUAUGUGAUCGGAUUCCUAUAAAAGGUAAUUUAAGACAAAAUAAUAGAAACCUGUCAGCGUAACGCAAUAUAGUUCAAGAGCACCAAACUGCAGCCUCCAUAAUUAUCAUGAAGUUGAAUCAAUGUCUUUCUUAAACUAUAAGAAAAUUAUGAUUUCCAUUAAGGGAAGACUUAUUGCAGCACUGUUGUAUUAGACUGCUUUGGUUUUAGCUAGCUGUACCUCAUAAACUGGACAUUGAAUAUAUUUCAAUGGGGUAAUCAUACUGUAAUGUGUGCCUUUUCACCACUAGAGGGCACCGCUUUAAUUUUAUACACAAAAAGAGUUACUUGAGUUCUUUUGUUACUGGGAUGUUAUCUCAUGCUGCUCAGGGAAAAAAGAUUUAUAGAACAAUUUAAUUUAUGCAUUGUCAAAACUGAGGAUACAUGUUGCUUUUUAAAUAUUAUCCAUUUUACUCAUUAGCUAGUGCAACAGCCGAAACAACGGGUU